CCACUCCCAUCCUCUCCCUUCCCCACUACCAUCCUCUCACCUUCCUCACUACCAUCCUCUCCCUUCCCCAAUCACAUCCUCCGUUCAGCUCCUUUCUCAACUACCAUCCUCUGCUUUCCCCACGGCCAUCCUCUCCUUUUCCAACUACCAUCCUCUCUCUACCCCAAUCCCAUCUUCCCCACUCCCAUCCUCUCCCUUUCCCAAGUCCCAUCCUCUCCCUUCCCCACUCCCAUCCUCUCCCUUCCUCACUACCAUCCUCUCGCCUUCCCCACUCCCAUCCUCUCCCUUCCACUCUCCCAUCAUCUCCCUUCCCCAUUCCGAUCCUCUCCCUUCCCCAAUCACAUACUCCAUUCAGCUCCUUUCUCAACUACCAUCCUCUCCUUUCCCCACUGCCAUCCUCUCCUUUCCCAACUACCAUCCUCUCUCUACCCCAAUCCCAUCUUCCCAAGUCCCAUCCUCUCCCUUCCCCACUCUUAUCCUCUCCCUUCCCCAAUCACUUCCUCUGUUCAGCUCCUUUCUCAACUACCAUCCUCUGCUUUCCCCACGGCCAUCCUCUCUUUUCCCAACUACCAUCCUCUCUCUACCCCAAUCCCAUCUUCCCAAGUCCCAUCCUCUCCCUUCCCCACUUCCAUCCUCUCCCUUCCCCACUCCCAUCCUCUCCGUUCCUCACUACCAUCCUCUCGCCUUCCCCACUCCCAUCCUCUCCCUUCCACUCUCCCAUCAUCUCCCUUCCCCAUUCCGAUCCUCUCCCUUCCCCAAUCACAUCCUCCAUUCAGCUCCUUUCUCAACUACCAUCCUCUCCUUUCCCCUAUGCCAUCCUCUCCUUUCCCAACUACCAUCCUCUCUCUAUCCCAAUCCCAUCUUCCCCAGUCCCAUCCUCUCCCUUCCCCACUCCCAUCCUCUCCCUUCCUCACUACCAUCCUCUCGCCUUCCCCACACCGAUCCUCUCCCUUCCUCUCUCCCAUCAUCUCCCUUCCCCACUCCCAUCCUCUCCCUUCCCCAAUCACAUCCUCUGUUCAGCUCCUUUCUCAACUACCAUCUUCUGCUUUCCCCACGGCCAUCCUCUCCUUUCCCAACUACCAUCCUCUCUCUACCCCAAUCCCAUCUUCCCCAGUCCCAUCCUCUCCCUUCCCCAAGUCCCAUCCUCUCCCUUCCCCACUCCCAUCUCCCAUCCCCACUCCCAUCCUCUCACCUUCCCCACUCCCAUCCUCUCCCUUCCCCACUCCCAUCCUCUCUCUUCCCCACUGCCAUUCUCUUACCUUCCCCACUCACAUCCUCUCCCUUCCCCACUACUAUCCUCUCGCUCUUCCCCACUCC